AUGGAAGGAGGUCAGACGACAACCACCAACAGUCGUCGAUCACAAUCCCCAACAACACAAGCGAUGGAAACCCACUGCCGCAUGAUGAUGAAUGGGAUAGCAAGUUCUGUUGACGUUGCCUCGGGUCUACUCCAAGAAUCAGCUGGCGAAGUUCUGCGGUGUUUAGUGCUCGACGUUCAGGACACCGAAAGAGCAGUCGCGGAGCAGCUCCAGAGGGUCCAGCCGGAGUUGUCCGGCGAGGCUUGUACGUGGCUGAAACAACAGGCUGCAAGCGGGCUCGACCGAGGCCAAUUGCAAGCCUUUGAGCUCCGUCUAGCCGGUAUCGACACACAGUGUCUCGCCUCCGUAGCGAAAGCCUUCCAGGACCAACGCGCUACAAUAGAGCGCAGGAUGAAGGAAACGAUUGAUGAGAUGGUAAGCGCUUUUGAUCGACACCUGGAAGAUUCUGCUGCGUCGACCAAGCAACACUUCCGAUGGAUGAAGCGGCGAUACAGAGAAAAGAUCGACAUCAACCGUGCUGCCUCCAGAAUCGAACUCAAGGUGGGGGGCCAACCCGGCGAAAACCCUGUUUGUUGUCCCGAGCUUUCUCAGGCGCUAGAAGACGGGGCACCCAACCACUCGGAGGACGGAAGCGUCAGAUCGCACAAGCACUCCCCUCGCGGAGGAAGGAGCCCUCGUGGGGGGGGACACUCGCGGCACGCCUCGCGCAACGGCAGUGCGCAAAACUCGCGGCACCCUUCAUACCACAUGCUGCAGCGCCAGGAAAGCUUCAACCCCGGCACAAGCUCGUCUCGACAUGCGUUUCUCUCAGCGGGGAACGGGGUUAGCGGCAGCCCCAGAUCCCCUAGGCACAUGCUCGCCGCCGGUGGUCACGCUGGGGGGCGUUUGUCUCCUCGAGGGGCCUCAAAAGGCGGCGCCUCAACCCUCCCUGAUUGCCAGACCGGCAGAGGCGUCGGCGUGGGGGCAACACAGGAAGCUGCAGUAUCGCCGCGUGGCGCCGGUAGCGCGCACAACACCGGCUGCGGGAUAGGCAGCAGGCAAAACACCGGCCGCAUGGCGAGCGGGCAGAACACCGGCCGAAAUGCUUUUACAGCCUGCGAAGGCAACGGGGGGAACAACAGUAGCAGGCAGCUGAUCAACCCCACGUUGCGGCACGAGGAGGCUCGCCAGAGGUUCGAGAACGACGUGGCGAGCAAACUGAUGCAAGUUAUCGAGAAGAAAAAGCUUGCCAACCUCGAGGAAGAGCUUGCUGACGAAAUCAAGAACCGGGAGGCGGCAAACGCUCGCCUGGCGAUGAUGGAGCAAGUGAUACCGAAGCUACACGAAGACCUGAAAAAUGUGCAGGCCCAGCUGGUGCAAUCCAGGAUGGAGACAAACGAGCUACGGAAAAUAAACACCGUGAUGACGACCGACCUGGCGCAAGCCGCCUCGUCGGAAGGGCAAGUCAGGAUAAGGGACGCCGCGGCCGUUCGGGAAGCCGAGACAACGCUGCGCGACCACCCAAUUGAAAACGCUGCUGCCGUCGCCGGAGGCGCCCGAUUAUUUCGGCACACCGCCAGCACCGUGGUCGGGGCGAUUCGCUUCAGCACCCGCCAGAUAGCAGGGACCCGCGGCGGACCAGGGGCAGGGCCCGCAUAUCAGCAAGACACCGUUGCCCUCCGCAAGGCGAAAGAGAUGGGCCAGUGGGUGGUCCAAAACCCGCCUGAAGAGCACCAGGCGGAGUAUCCGGUCGACGACAACGACAGUGCUGAGGAUCGAGAGCUCGUGUCCAAGCUGAAACGGCAGAUCUCGGCGCUCGAAGACGAGAGGAGGGUUCCCGUGGCGGGGGCUGGCGAGCUCCGCUCGGACAUGGACGACUUCCGGAACGACGACGGUGGCAAAGAACGCGCGUACACCAGCGGGGGGACCCCAAACGCCGAAGAAGAGACGCUCGCCGACAGGAGGUUCGCCUCAAUCAGACUCGAAGUCGAAAACCUCAAAGAAGUUCGGAGAGAUCUCGAGUCGAAGAUCGCCAAAAUGCAGGUGGAAUCGGAUGAGAACAACUUCCUCCGACGACGACUCGAGGCGAUCGAGCGGACGACCCUGAAGCUCAACAUAGGUGGCGUAUCGAACGACCUCCAGAUCCUGCGAGAGCGACUCGAGCUGGAAGCGGCCGAGGUGUCACGCCUCAGGGGGACAGUGGCCGCGCUCCAGAAUGACAAGGUUAUGAUCACUGAGGCCGCCGCGAAGGCGCAAGAUGAAAGCGUCCCUCUGGUACAGGUUGAAGCCGAGAGGGUAUCGUUCGAGCGGAAGAUUGCUGGUUUGGAGCGGCAACACCAGCAGGAAAAGGCCAGCUUGGAGUACGACAUACAGAGGCUCGCACAGUUCAAAGCCGAGUUCGAGAAUCUUGCUGACAUUUCCAUCAACGACAGCGAAUCCAAUGGCCUCGACGGCGACAGUGGCACAGCUGGUGGCGCAGCGGAUUGCGGGGACGGCGGCAAGUGGAAGCAGCGAGCAAAGAAACUACAACAGUACGUCAAAUGGCAACUCGCCGAAGCCGAGACGCAGGCUCAGCGUGACCGUGCCCAAAUGGCUCUGAAGUCGCGAUCUCACGAGAUUCUGAUGGCUGAGAUGGCUGUGCUCGUCAAACGCUAUCGCCGUGAGCGGAGCCGGCUGUACGAGGUGAACCGAACACUGCUCCAGCAGCUGGCAGAACUCGACGCUCAGAAUACGCCCUUCACCGGAUGCUUCAACCCUCUCCCUCCCUAUCUGCGACCGCUUUACUCCGCCCUGUUCCACCCUUCCCGCAUACCCUAUCUCCUGGUGCAUAUUUGCAUCCACUCAGCAGCCGCUGCAGUCACUAACAACACAUCCCCCGUCUUUGCUCAUUGGUGGGGCGGCGGCCAGAGGGAUGACGAGCCUCGCCGAGGAAACGUCCGCACAGCAGGGCCACUAGGAGUUGCAGCAAAUGGGCAGCCGACAAACCCCAAGUAUGGACGGGGCAAGGCGAGGGAAUGGGCCAACACGGGUGGUGGUGGCCUGAGACACCACCAGGGAGCGAAGGUCGUUACCGCCACGACCACCCUCUCCUCGGUCGCUUUGGUUCCUACGCAUACUAUCGAGAACACCCCAGCGGUUGCUGCUGCGGUAGCCUCAGCACGGCGAAGAGGGCCGGCCAUGUCAGCAUCGGCGGCCGCGUUGCUGACAGCUGGGGGGCAGAGGGUCGCAGGGGCAAGAAAUGGUGGAGAACAUGAUUUCUCCCGCGCACGGCCCCGAACAUCGGCUGGGUGCGAAAAUCGGGCGAGAAACAAGAUAGGUGCGGAUCUGGUGGCCAAGGAACGGGGUGACAGGAGGGGCAGAAAAGAGAAAGCCUCCCUGAAAAAGGAAGUGGAAACUCUCGCUCGACAACUGCGUUCCGGGGUCCGUGAAGAGUUUUUCGGUCCCCUUUCCCAGAGCGCUCGGGAAAGGGCCAAGGACAUGAGCGCCGCCACAAAACGCCACACAACGCGAGACCCCAUGAUCUUGGCCAAGCCCCUUUCUGCCAUCACGGGGUCUGUCCUGACCAACGUCCCUCUCCCAGCCAAGAUGGCGACGGUCGUUCGCGAGAUGGAACCCUCCUACACUCAAGGCAGAACAAGCAGGUCACGGUCAAGACCUACGAGAUGCGAAGAGAACGCAUCUGCUGGUGGUUUUGGUGAUGGGUAUGGCCACCAUCGAGGUGGCGCGGGCGCAUUCUGGUGACGACAUUGAUCCUGGACUCCUGCUUUGUCCUUUGUGCUGACAUACAGAGGUGUAUCGCCCCACGCAGCAGUCUUUUCCGUCUGCGCCUCGUUCGUUGUUGCAUGUCCUCAAUCAACCAAAUGCGGACCAUUCGAUAAUGUGCUACAAUAAAUGUGUCAGCUAACACGGGGUGACAGUCGUCGGCGA